AUGCCAAAGAAGAUACCCAUAGAGAAGAAAGUGACUAAGAAGAAAGAGAUAGACUGGCCGGCGCUGCGCCCUGUCCCCCCCACGGAAGACCUGUCUCUGUCUCCCAUCCUAGACGGGCAGAUAUACAUCAUCCGCAACCUGCUCUCCUCAAGCCUAUGCAAGACCUACAUCUCCUUCCUCUCCUCUCUCCCCCUCGUCACCACUCCCAACAAGCCCAAGAAAGACGAAGCACUGCGCGUCAACGACCGGUUCCAGGUCGACGACGCCCUCUUCGCCGAGAGACUGUGGUCUGACACCGCGCUGAAGCAGCUUGUCUCUGACGCCAGCGUAGACUGGGACGGCGAUGUGGUGGGUCUGAAUCCGAAUAUUCGCGUAUACAGAUAUACCAAGGGCCAGUUCUUUGGACAGCACUACGACGAGUCUGUGGUGACGGUAAAGGGGAAGACGACGUGGACGCUGCUGGUCUAUCUGAGUCGGUGUUCGGGUGGAGAGACGGCGUUUUACCCUGAGGGUGAGAAGGGAAAGAGGCAGCCAGAGCCGAUAGUGGUGGGCAUGGAGGUCGGUAUGGCGCUGCUGCAUCGGCAUGGUGAUGGAUGUCUACUUCACGAAGGCAGGGAGGUGACUGGGGGAGAGAAGUGGGUGGUUCGAAGUGAUCUGGUAGUUAAACGAUAG